GAGGUGGCAGUGUCAGAGGCCGAUGGGGAGGAGAAAGUGGUCGCUGUUGCUGUGUUCAGUCAGGGCGGCGCAGACGCUGGAGCGGGGCUCGUCGCAGACCGUCGCCCGUUGCCCCUCCCGUCGCCGGCGCCGGCUCGAGGCCGCAGCCCGGGCCGCUCUCGCGCUCCGGCCGUUGGCAGCGGCGCGCGGCACAGGCACAGGCACAGGUACCGGGCGUAGGCGCGGUGCGCGUGCGCAGUCAGAGGAUCAUGGAUUUCCCGGGGCACUUUGAUCAAGUUUUCCAGCAGCUGAACUACCAGCGGCUUCACGGACAGCUCUGUGACUGUGUGAUUGUUGUUGGGAGCCGACAUUUCAAAGCACAUCGCUCUGUGCUUGCAGCUUGCAGCACCCACUUCCGAGCGCUCUUUACUGUCCCCGAGACGGAUCAAUCGCUGAACAUGGUUCAACUCGACAGUGAAGUGGUCACGGCAGAGGCUUUUGCAGCCCUUGUUGAAAUGAUGUACACCUCCACUCUGAUGCUGGGAGAGAGUAAUGUCAUGGACGUGCUUCUAGCAGCUUCCCACCUCCACCUCAACUCUGUGGUGAAGGCAUGCAAACAUUACUUAACAACCAGGACUGUGCCAAUGUCGCCAACUAGCGAAAGGCUUCAGGAACAAAAUGCUCGCAUGCAAAGGUCUUUCCUACUUCAGCAGCUGGGCUUGAGCUUGGUGAACUCAGCCCUCAGCUCCAGUCAGACAAUGGACGAGCAGGUGGGGGUGAACUCGUCGCUGCGUCACCACUUGGAGGAUCAGUCGACCGCGUUUCCCGUGAGGCGGCUGCAGAAAAGAAAAGCCAUCCCCGACGAGAGAUCAAAGCAGAGGAUUCGGCAGUCGAUAGAUGAAUCCAUCAUCAGUGAAGGAACAUCAGAUAACGGGCAGGGUGUGGUGCAUACGUGUGGGGAGCUGUUUGCACCAGAUUCCUUGAAAUUGGGUGAUGGCUGUAAAACUGAUGCAGGUGUUGAAAACCAGGUGGAAAAUGCAAUGAUUUUUGAGCAGGCCUUUAGCAUGCCGGAUGAUAAUCAGGUGCCCAGUCAGUCAGACAAAGGUGUAAGCCAUUCCCAGGUGUCUGUAGCUUCACAAGCGACUCACAUUGAAACCGGAUUCAACCAAGAAUCUGUAAAUGAGAAAUCGGAUUUUCAUUCCGAGACAACAGAAAUUCACAUCAACGGAAACGAGGACCAGGUCCGAAUUGUGGUGAAGGCUGAGCCGUUGAGCUCACCUGAUCCUCAAGAUGAGACCAGCGAUGCUGCCUCGCAGGCUGAAGGGAGUGAGUCAGUGGAGGUGGAAGGAGGAAUGCCCGGCGCAGAAAAGCUGGAGCUUAGUCCAGAGAGCAGUGAUCGAAGUUUCUCUGAUCCUCAGUCUAGUACAGACAGAGUCACUGACAUACACAUUCUUGAAUCUGCAAACACAGACAUAAAAACUCCCUUUCAUAUUUCCACCUUUUUGAAUAAGAAUCGAACAAGCAGCUUCAGUGGGGGCCAAAGUGUAGACACCAACCUUCCAAACACAAAUGACGGGAGACUGGAGAAUGAAGCUUCUUACUUAAUGAGCUCAGUGUCCAGUGUUUCUGCUGGUAUCAAUUCAACCAUGGUAACACCUCGAAUGGAGAAUCCCUUUAACGACGGUCCUGAUUCUCACUUCAUGCGACCGAUGCAGGACUUGUUGGGCCUGUCGUGCUCGCAGUCUUCCGAGUACAAAACUGGAGAACCAUUCAGAUUGGAAUUUCCAAUGCCCAACUCUGGAUUGCAUUCACUUUCCAGGCAAUCGAUCAUCUCGUCACGAGGAGGAGCCAGCAACUUCCCAGGUUAUCGCCGCAUUGCCCCGAAAAUGCCAAUCGUGAGCUCUGUGGGAGACGGAGGUUCUGGGUUCCAAGACACUGGCACCAAUUCCCAGGUCCGCAUACUGAACAGUACCAUGUCCGCUUCCGAAAAAAAUCAUUCUCUGCAGCCAGGCCCUCCUCAGCUGACACGGGCAUCUGCAGACGUACUUUCAAAGUGCAAGAAAGCCAUGUCGGAACACAAUGUGUUGGUGGUGGAAGGUGCCCGCAAGUAUGCGUGUAAAAUCUGCUGCAAGACAUUUUUAACAUUAACGGAUUGCAAGAAACACAUUCGUGUUCACACGGGAGAAAAGCCCUAUGCAUGUUUAAAAUGCGGGAAAAGAUUCAGUCAGUCGAGUCACUUAUACAAGCAUUCUAAAACCACUUGCUUGAGAUGGCAUGGCAGCAACUUGCCAAGUACUCUACUUUGAGAAAGACAUUCAGCACAGUUUGUAUUUGCUGCUGUAAAAGGUGUUGCCUUUUUUU